UGUUCAGGCGACACACGGUCAGCUCCAUGGGGCCGGCGGCGCGGCUGCGGGCGGCGACGCUGGCACUCUCCAACACACUAAGAAGAAGUUUGUCAGCACAGACCAAUGGCGAGGUCCGGAUUACAGACAUUUUAAAAAGUAAAUUUCCGCAUGCUUCAGCGAUUAAAGUUGUGGAUAUAUCAGGAGGUUGUGGGGCCAUGUAUGAAGUGCACGUUGAAUCAGUGGAAUUUAAAGGAAAGCGUGUUGUCCAGCAACACCAGAUGAUUAAUCAGACCAUGUUGAACACAGGGAGUAUCGGAACUGAGUCAGUGAAGGAAAAGAAUUCUUUAAGUCGGGAGCACAUUGAAUAACUGUCCUCCAAGGAUGGGAAUAAAGAGCAAAGCAGAACACAAGAAAAGGAAACAGGAUUGGACCAUUCAGUUAAUUAAGCCUGCUGUGCUACUAAAUUCAAUCAUGACCCACUUUGGGCCUCAACUCCACUUAUUCUACUCACUCCCCAAAUCCUAUGAUUCCCUGAAAGACCAAAAUCCUGCCUCUCUCAGCCUUAGGCGUGCUCAACAAUGGAGCAUCCACUAUCCUAUGGAGCAGAGAUUCCAAUGGUUGACAGACCUUUGACUCAAUGUAAUUUCUCCUCAUCUCAGCUCUUCAUGAUUGACCCCUCCUGCUUUAGAAUCCCUGACUGGAAGGGUGAACAAUCUCAAUGUCUCCCCUAUCAAGCUCCUUUCACAGUGUGUCAGUGAGAUACUUCUGGUCACCAGUGCUGAGGUGACAGGUAAGGGAGAGUGGAAAGUGUAGAUGGUGGCCUCUGGCUGCUCAGAUUGAGUGCUGUGAGCACUCUGCACAGUGACAGAGACAAUGUAGACGCACUGAGUCAUAGAGAUGUACAGGAUGGAAACAGACCCACAGGAGAAGCUGCAAAAGAAAAUGAUUCCAAAGAAAGGGCUGCCAUGGUUCAAGGAUGGUUUGGAGAUGCUGGUGUUGGACUGGGGUGUACAAAGUUAA